CCUGUGCACACAUCAUUGCUAUUCGACUGGUGGCAAAAUACGGCUCUGCAUUACUGUUACAGGCCGAUCCUCUGCGCAACAACUAUGAAUGUUUCCGGGGAGGAGGGAGAGAGCUUCUAUGGCACUUCUGGAGCUCUGUGGAAUUAUUCUCUUUCCAUUUUUUACAUCCUGAUUUUCAUCAUCGCAGUGCCUGGGAACAUCUUGGCUCUGUGGGCCUUCUUUCACCAGAAAAGCACAUCUCCAUCAAGAGUCUUCCUGAGAAACCUCUCUGUAGCCGACAUAUCUUAUGUCCUCGUCUUACCCAUGCGCAUAAUUUACCACCUAUCUGAUAACCACUGGCCCUUUGGACACAUCAUCUGUCAGCUGUUAGGCUUCUUGUUCUAUCUAAACAUGUACUGCAGCCUCUACUUGAUGAGUUUCAUCAGCCUGGACAGGCUUCUGGCUGUGGUUAUACCUUUAAAGUCACAAUCAUUCAGGAAGCCUUUGUAUGCAAAUGUAGCGGUUGGCAUACUGUGGGUGAUAGUUAUUGUUUGCAUGAGUCCUACACUCUUUUCUGGAAGAAAACAAACCAACUCAUCUGGCAUUUGUAACAAACUGUACUUAGAAAAGACAAAUCCAACAGCUUUAAUUUCCACUAUUGUGGCAUUUGCAAUUCCCCUCGUCACUAUAGUGGUUUCAUACAUACUGAUCCUGCUGAAACUAAGAACAGUGCAGCAAAAUGAAGAACGACCGGUGAAAGACAAAGCUAUAAAAAUGAUUAUACUUAUUGUGAUGAACUUCCUGUUCGCAUUUGUGCCCUACCAUGUGUGCAGAAUAAUCUACAUUCAACAGCAGAGCUUUGGAAAUAUUACUGAGGGGCUGAGAAAAGCCAAUCAGAUAACAUCUGCACUCACCUGUAUCAGUGGUAUACUGGAUCCUGUCAUGUAUUUCUUUUUGAAUCGUCUAUACAGGAAAACAUUUCUUAAGCUGUUCUGUAAAAAUAGGGAAGAUGUCAUAUAAAAAAUGCAAACGGGGGAAAAAAGGGAGGUAAUGCUAACCAUGUUAAAAACAUCAGCGUGGUUCCUAUAGCACCUAACCGCAAAUCAGACAAACUGCACUUCCCCUGAUUCAUCGACUUUGAAAUUGUCAGAAUUAGCCAGUACUUGUUUAGGGAACUAUAAUAGGUCAAAGAUAAUUUGUCAGUUUGGGACCUGUUAGCUUUCUGGCACUGAAGACUGAGACAUUUUUUUAAAAUUUAUUUACAUUUUUUGAAAUUCUGUUUUUAUUUUAUUCUAUUUUUAAUUUUUAUUCUCUGAAUUACUCAGAAAUCUUAUCCCCAAAGGAGUGAAACAUCUAAGCUUCUGCUUUACGAUACUUUAUUUGUCUCACAAAAGGUAACUGAAAGUCUGUGACCUCAGCGGAAGUAAAAACAAUUGUUGCCUCUUGCAGUCUAUUUUGGUUCCAGAGUUCAAAGUUUGAAUAAAGAAUCCUGGUUUUCAUGACAAA